UAUGUGGUUUUAAGGGGGUGGGGGUUGUGGGAAUACAACUGAGAAUGGCAUUAAAGUAGUGCCUAUAGUGGCUAGAAUAACAGCUAAUGUUUUGCUAUUUAUAAUGUUUUUUGAGUGUGUACAUGGAAUACAUACUUGACAAGUUAACAAUGCCCUGAUUGAUUACAUUCUAAAUUCAUACUCAUAUUAAAUAUGCAUUAAAACAAUAUAUAACUUAAUAAAACUAUGAACCAUAAGUAAGAUAUAUGCAUUAUAAUUGAUAAAAUACUUAACAUUUCUGCAACUUAAUGAACUAAGAUAAGCUUCCACAUUAAACUCAGAAAUAAUACUUAAGUAUUAGUAUAUAGUAAAUAUACAAAUAUAUUUAAUAUAUAUUAAAUAGCCAUUUACAUACAUUGUAAACUGUCCGUGCAUUUAUUUUAUUACAUUAUCAUCUUGAUUUCAGUAUCUGUGCUAUUAUGAAGCUAAGGCCGUCAUUCAGGAGCGUAAAAAUACCUAACCUAAGCUGCUUAUGUGGCCCUCUUGGCCUUCUCUCCCAGUUCACUUCCCUCCUCCCCAUGGAACAUGUUGCCUGUCUUCUCUCAUUUACCCAGUAUGUUGUAUCGCCCUAAAAUAAAAUGAGCUUUACACCUGGACGUAAACAUUUACCACUGAGACGGUAAAAGCAACGCUCCCCAUCGAAAAUGGCAGUCUUAAAAGUGACAUUUACGAAGACAAACAGAGACAAACUGGCCCAGGUUUUAUGGGUGCUGAACUGGGUGUCUGUGGUAACUGGAGUCACGCUCUUCAGCAUGGGCCUGUUCUUAAAGGUGGAAAUCGAGAAGAGACGGGAGCUGAUGUCAAAAGAUAUCGUGUCAGUGCCAAACAUGCUUAUCUGUGUUGGCUUGACUGCCUGUGCUAUCAACUUCCUGGGGGGCAAGAUCUGCUAUGACUGCGUGGACACUACCAAGUUCCUGCGAUGGAAGCUGCUGAUGCUGCCUUACAGCAUAUGUACCUUUUUCUUUACCUUUUGCAUCCUCGUGGGCGCCCUGAUGUGCUAUAGCAUGCGUAACGAUCUGGAGGAGUCGCUGUUUUUGGGCUUGCGUGAUGCCAUGCGCUACUAUAAGGACACGGACAUGCCAAGCCGCUGCUACAUAAAGCACACAAUGGACAUGCUGCAGAUGCAGUUUCAAUGCUGCGGCAACGGAGGCUAUCGAGACUGGUUUCACAUUCAGUGGAUUAGUUACCACUACCUGGAUAUGACCAAUAGCGAAGUGGUGGAGCGACUGCGGAGUAACGUGGAGGGAAAGUAUCUGAUUGACGGAGUGCCGUUCAGCUGCUGUGGCCUGCAUUCUCCUCGGCCCUGCAUUCAGCAUCAAAUCACUAACAACUCAGCACACUAUAAUUACAACUACCAGAAGGAGGAGCUGAACCUGAACCGGAGGGGCUGCAGACAGGCCCUGCUGGAGCACUACACACAGAUAAUGCAGUCCAUUGGCUUAAUUGUUCUCAUCAUUUGGCUUUUUGAGGUGUCAGUGCUGACAGGAGUGCGAUAUCUUCAGACAGCCAUGGAGAAUGUGCUGAGGUUAGGAGACGCUGACUCUGAGUCUGACGGCUGGCUUCUGGAGAACAGCAUUGCAGACACUGCACGUUAUAACUUCAACAUCAUCAAGAACCUGGGCAAGUGCUACCAGGUGGAUGACGAUCCCAACAUAGACGUGCCAAGCACCAGCCAGCAAGCACAAGAGAAUGUGCCUGUAAAGCAAAUCCCUGUCGCCCGGUAGCACAAGAGACAUUGGACACUGAGACUUACCCAGACAUUCAACAAUGGCAGCCUUGGAGAGGCAGAUCAAACUCUGCAUUGCCGCCUUUGACUCUUUACUUGAUGCACACAAAGAGGAAUGAAAGUGAAGAAUGAACUGAAACAAUAAAACAUAAUGUGAAGGAGCUCUCAGCUGAAAGGCACUUCAUUGUAAGGUCAUCCUUGUGCCUUACAAAAAAGAGAAUGAAAUGUGAAAUGCAUUUUAAAAUGCUGGGGAACAGGACUGAUUUGUAACACUGGUUAACAUUGCUGUAGAGAAAGAUGGUAAUGGAAGACAAGCUUCCCUGUGCCUCUACCCUGUAAUGAAGAUUAUUUUGUCCAUCCUAAUAAUAUCCUAAUGAUAAACAUAUUUCAAGUUAAUCUGAAAAGGGUUCAAUUAUAGGCCUUUGCUCCAUUACUAAAAAGCUUUUACCAUCCAUAAAGUAUAAAAUGCCUUUUUCUCUUUCACUCACUUGCUUUACUUUACUGUAUUAAUGUUUUCUACUAGUAAACCAUUCACAUAUUGCAGUAUCAAAGGAUGAAUUUGGCCUGGGCCAAUAGGCCUAAAAUUAUUAUUUAUUUAUUUUUGGUUCCAGACAACUUAUCAAUACUAACAGUGGCUUCUGAAUGCACCAUUGCAGCACUACUGUCUUA